UAAUAUCUAUGGUAAUAAUGAUGAGGCUUUUUACGAAGCUUCAACAAUAGGGUAUUGAUGAUCAUUGUCGUUCAUAAUAAUAAAUAAAUUUAUAAGUGAAAUUGAUACGUAACUACCACUACAAGUUAAUUUGGAAAUAGUUUUUAAUGUCAAUGUUUAAAAAUGCACGAAGCGUAUUGCAUAUCGCCGCUGUUAAAUUUACCAGUUCAAAUAGAAUCAGUUGUUGCUUUCGAUGAUAAUUUAAUAGUUGGAACAAGACAGGGAUAUCUUUAUGUAUAUCGAGUUAAUUGUUCUAAUGAUGACAAAUAUGAAGUAGAGCUAACGUGUUAUCUAAAAACAUUUAGUAAAAAAUCAAUUCAACAACUGGAAGUAAUACCAGAGUAUAAUCUGUUGGUCAGUUUAACAGAUAACUUUAUACAAGUAAAUGACAUGAAGUCCAGCAAUUUGCCAGUAAUUACCCAAGUCGCAGGAACUAAAGGAGCCAUGAUCUUUACAUUAGAUAGUAAGAAAGAGACAUCUUUAACUGGUGAAGUAAGUCAUGUAAUUCGAAUGUGCGUAGCGGUUAAAAGAAAAUUACAGUUGUAUUAUUGGAAGAAAGAUGUUUUUAUGAAGCUUGCCGAUGAUAUAAUGUUGACUGAUAUUCCAAAAGCAUUGGUAUGGUGUAGUGAAACGAUCUGUGUAGGAUUUAAAGGAGAAUAUCUACUAUUUGAUUUGGAUGGAACAAAAAAAGAACUUUUUCCAACCAGUAGUAGCAGAUCUAACGAUCCCUGUGCAAUGAAAGUAUCAAAUACCAUAUUUGCACUUGGAAGGGAUGCACAAACAGUGCUUGUAAAUGUAGAGGGACUUCCCGAAAAAACUAAAGCUUUAAGAUGGUCAGACAUUCCCAUACAAAUGGCCUGGGAUAAACCGUAUGUUAUAGGAAUUUUACCAGAAGGCAUAGAGGUUCAAACAAUUGAUCCUGGUGGUUUAGUUCAAAAGUUUAGCAAUUUACCGAAGGCUCGAUUAAUAACGUUUUGUAAACAAGGCUUGCUUUAUGUGUCUUCUGUUAGUCACAUUUGGUGUUUACAUGCAAUAGAAAUUAGUCAACAAAGGCAACAACUUCUAAAAGAAAAACAAUUUCAACUUGCUUUAAAAUUAACGGAAGUUUCAAAUGAAUCGGAAGAAGAUAAGGAUGAAAAGAAGCACCAAAUUCAAACCCUCUUAGCCUAUGAUUUAUUUCGAAAUAAGGCAUUUCAUGAGAGCAUGCAGCAAUUUUUGAAAUUACGCACAGACCCGUACGACGUAAUACGUUUAUUCCCAGAAUUAUUACCGCAACAAUCUGGAGAGACAACUAAAUUAGAAUAUGUAGGAAACCUUUCCGAUAGUGAGUUGGAAAGAGGACUACUUGCACUUAUUGAGUAUCUCACAGAAAAACGUUAUUUAGUGCACGUGGAAUCGGAGGCAGGUAUGAACGCUAGUGGUAAAUUAAAUGAUCAAAUUGUUACAAAUAAAACGAGUCAGCAGUUACUUCAGAUCAUUGAUACAACCCUUUUAAAAUGUUAUUUGCAAACCAACGACGUUUUGGUUGCGCCAUUAUUACGACUUAAUCAUUGUCAUCUUGCGGAAGCAGAAAGAACGUUAAAAAAGCACGGAAAACAUAAUGAACUUAUUAUAUUAUAUCAAACUAAAGGGCAGCACAGAAAAGCUCUCGAACUGUUACAAAACAGCGAAGGGGGAAUUGAAAGGACGAUUGCUUAUCUGCAGCACCUUGGUGUAGAACAGAUGGGUUUGAUUUUAGAAUUUUCCGAUUGGGUUCUUAAAGAAGCUGCUGAAGACGGGUUAAAGAUUUUUACAGAAGAUUUGGCAGAAGUGGAAGCUUUACCCAGGCCUCGAGUGUUAGAUUAUCUUUUACGUUCUCAUCCUACGUUAGUAAUUCCAUAUUUAGAACACGUUGUUCACAUAUGGGGUGAUAAAAAUCCUCUUUUUCACAAUGCCUUAAUACACCAAUACCGCGAACAAUCAUUAAGUGACAAUCCUUCUGCGGAGAUUGCUAAAAAAAAAUUGCUCUACUUUUUGGAAACGUCAUCUAAUUACACACCCGAUAUGGUCUUAAUGCAUUUUCCGAAUGAUCGACUAUUGGAAGAACGCGCUAUUGUUUUGGGAAAACUUGGUCGACACGAAGAUGCAUUGGCUAUUUACGUUAGAGCGCUUGGCGACGUACAGAAAGCGAUAAAAUAUUGCGAAAAUGUUUUCAAUAAGAACGAGAAUGCAAAAAAGGUUUAUGUUUGUCUUAUAAAACUGGUAUUAAAUCCAAAUGACGUAAUUUUGGAUCUUCCGGGAUUAACAUUGUCCCCACUUACUGCUCAACCUGAUUUAGAAAUGGCUCUAAAGUUAAUGGAAGAACAUGCAUCUAAGAUCGAUCCUUUAUCAGCUUUGCAAAUAAUACCUGAUAACGUAUUAGCAACUCGCAUCUUUCAAUUUUUGUCGGCCGCAUUGCAUAAAUCUCUACACGUACGGAGAACUGUUCAAUUGUUAAAGGGAUUAUUAUACGCCCAACAUCUGCAGGGUCAGGAGGCUCGUUUGAGAUUACAAAGUCAAUGCGUUGUAAUCACCGAUCUUAAUAUUUGCCCAGUCUGCAAGAAACGAUUUAGUCAUCAAAGUGCAUUGGUAAGAUAUGCUAAUGGAAAUGUAGUGCACUAUUCAUGCCAUGACAAGAAAAUUUAAGGACAACUGAUAUUUCCGAGUUUGCAUUUUGUUCUUUGAGAUUUUGUUAUUUUUUCUUAGCAUAUUUAAUUUGUUGCUGAAAUUUUAUGUAUGCCUUACACUUAUCUUCGUUAAAAUAAAUUCAUGUUUAUUGUAGAUUUUAAUAUACAAAAAAACUUUGAUGAUGUAAUAAUAUAUUAUCUAUAUGUAUAAAUAAAAAAUUAAAUGUU